AUGACUCAAGCCCUCCAACAUGAGCUUGCCAAUCUCACCCUUGGCUCUAUGCCCAACCUUGAUGCGUAUUGCCAACGCAUAUGUGAGUUAACCGACCAACUCAAUGCCUUAGAUUUCACUAUGAAUGACCAACAACGUGUACUUUAUCUUGUCAAAGGCCUUCCUAAGGAAUUUGACACUAUCGCCUCCAUUCUGAACAACAGUCUUCCAUCUUGGGAGGACGCGGUAGAACAACUCCUAUCUGAAGCCGGGCGACUCAAAACCCGUGACGCGGUCACAAGCACCACAUCAGCUAUUGCUGCGGCCAUACCUCCAAACAAAUCAUCAACCAACCACAAUCCACUCAAUCCCUCACCAUCACAGCCUACCCAUUCCAAUAACCUAAACCCUUCGGCCCAUUACCAUAACAACUACAAUCAAUCCAAUCGAGGCCCACCAAACCGUAACACAAACCGCAACAAUUCCAGGCCCAACUACAACCACAACCGUGGCCCAAACAACCACUCAACCCAAAACUUUUCUGGACCAACCCAACAAUCCUAUAACCGCAACCAUAACCCACCUCCACCUUACCCGAACAACCCACACCAACCACCCUACUAUCCACCAUUUUGGGCCCCGCCUUAUUGGACUUCGCCACCUUGUCCCUACCCAACCCAAUCAUGGACCCAACCUUGGCAGCCACAGUCAUACAACCGAUCCCAAUACAAUCGCGACAAUAACAGAUCGGCACAGACGCAUUUCACUGAGAUUGACCCUCUCUCCAUGCUCUUUCUGUGGACUCUGGCGAAGGAGACGAUCAAUGGAACUUUGACACAGGUGCUUCUUCUCUUUAGAUAA